UAGAACAUGAGUCAAACGUGUUUCACUCGACUCUGGACAGUCCUCAUUUACCCAAUGGAGUGGAAUAAGGCUAUGGAAAUCUGAGAUUACUUAUUUUUUCAAAUGGUGGAGAUGUCUACUUUCUAUGGAAUGUUGAAGAGUUUCAGCUCAGUUUUUGUAUUUAUUUUAUCCUGAAGUCAUCAUUUACAUCAUCUGUUUUGUAGCACUCGAGCCUCUUAUCAAUAUCGUUUAAAAUGGCUUUCGCAAAAUUCAGCAAGAUCCUUCGGCUUCCUACUAUUGACAUGAAGAAGAGAGUCAAACAAUAUGAGCACGUUCACCGGGAUGUUAAUCCAGACGACAUGUGGGAAAUUAUCGGGGAACUGGGUGAUGGUGCUUUCGGGAAAGUUUAUAAGGCUCAGAAUAAAGAAACAGGCGUGCUGGCCGCUGCCAAAGUGAUCGAAACCAAAAGCGAGGAGGAGCUGGAAGACUACGUGGUGGAAAUCGACAUCUUGGCAUCCUGCAACCAUCAGUACAUCGUCAAACUGCUUGAUGCCUUCUUCUAUGACAACAAGCUAUCGAUCAUGAUCGAGUUCUGCCCUGGAGGUGCGGUCGAUGCCACCAUGUUAGAGUUGGACAGGGGUCUUGAGGAACCUCAGAUUCAGGUGGUCUGUAAACAGAUGUUGGAGGCUCUUCAGUACCUCCACAGCAUGAAGAUCAUUCACAGAGACCUUAAGGCCGGAAACAUCCUCCUCAUGCUGGAUGGAGACAUCAAGCUAGCUGAUUUUGGAGUUUCUGCAAAAAACACAAAAACUCUUCAAAGACGAGACUCUUUUAUUGGAACGCCAUAUUGGAUGGCUCCUGAGGUUGUGAUGUGUGAAACCAUGAAAGAUGCUCCAUAUGACUACAAAGCAGACAUCUGGUCUCUGGGAAUCACACUGAUAGAGCUGGCUCAGAUUGAGCCGCCCCACCAUGAGCUAAACCCCAUGAGGGUCCUGCUUAAAAUUGCCAAGUCUGAGCCGCCCACCCUGGAGCAGCCCACAAAGUGGUCAAUGGAAUUUAAGGAUUUCCUGGAAAAGGCUUUGGAAAAAAACCCAGAGACGAGGCCGACUGCUGCUCAGCUUCUCGAACACUCCUUUGUGAGCUCUGUGAAGACGAACCGGCCGCUGAGAGAGCUGGUAGCUGAAGCUAAAGCAGAAGUGAUGGAGGAGAUCGAUGACAAUCAUGAAGCAGAAGAUGAUGAGCCAGCUGACCUCUCAUCUGUACAGGCCCCAGGCAAAGACCUGUCUGAACCCAGUGAGACCAGUUUAGUAGGGGACCAUCUGCAUGACAAACGCCUGACCAAAACGUUAAUGGAGGUUGAGGAGAAGCCCAGGAACCCAGUGAUUGCAGAGACCCCGGUCGAAGAGCUGGACGGCCUCAGCGACAAGUUACCUGGGGAAGAUCAUGACAAACCAGAGAGCGAGACAUCAGGCAAGACCUCCUGCUCUGACUCCGGGAUCGAGGAUGGGAAGAGCACACCCACCUCAGAGGAGGACUCCAAAGCAAUCAAGAGCUCAGUACCAGAGUUAUCUUUACCACUGAGAACAGCAGAACCUUCAGAGACAUCUGAGUCUUCUUCAGAUACUACGGAGCAUCCAUUGGUGAAGUCAGAGAAGCCUGAGGAACCGGAGACAGAAGAGUGCCCAGAAGGAGUUCCAGACUGGUCUUUGUCCACCAAACAACCAUACGAGGUGCUCAACAGAACUGCAUCCAAGGAGCUGCAAAACCUUUUGUCUGGAGUGAGCGACAGGUCAUCUUUGGUUGGGGAGGAUGUGGAGAGUCUGGUUCCUUACUCAAAUGGCAGGUUAUCAAAGCGAUACUCUUACGAGGACAGCGAAAACAUGGACAUGAGCCUGAAUAUGUCUGGAGACAUGUCGGUCAACCAGGACACUGGCACCAUCUCUGUCCGGGACUCCAAGAAGACGCUCAAACGCACCCGUAAAUUCUGGGUUGACGAUACAGAGGUGUGUGUCACCACCACCAAAGUCAUCAGUGACGAUGAGACGAAAGACGAGGAGAUGAGGUUCCUCAGGCGUCAGGAGCUGCGAGAGCUGCGUUUGUUACAGAAAGAGCAGCAUCGCGCUCAGGCCAUUCUCAACUUCAAACUCAAAGACCAGCGUGAGCAGAUGCAGCGCAGAUUUGACCAGGACAUGAAUGCCAAGAAGAAAUACUACGACACAGAACUGGAGACGCUGGAGAAACAGCAGAAACAGACCAUAGAGAAGAUGGAGACGGAUCAUGCCAUACGACUGCGAGAUGAGACCAAACGCAUCCGCGCCGAACAGGACAAAGCCUACCACAAGUUCCUGGACCAGAUGAAACACAAGAAGAAAGAGGUAAAACAAGAGGUGGAGAAACUACCCAGGAGUGAGAGGAAAGACAGUCUGAAGGUCAAAAUCAACAACUUUCAACAGAUGAAAUUAACUGAGGAAGAGAAGUUUCUUGCAGAUCAGAAGGAAUAUCUUGAGUCAACGCUGAAGAGGAUCAUUGCUGAAAACAAGUGUGAGAUCUCCGAGACGGAGCGGCAGUGCCUCAACAAAAAACAGAAUCUCAUUAGAGAGCGUGAGACCACUAUCUGGGACCUGGAAGAGAAGAACAUUCAUGAGAGACACCAGCUGUUCAAACAGCAGCUGAAGGACCAGUACUUCCUGCAGCGACACCAGCUCCUAAAGAAACACGAGAAGGAACAAGAGCAGAUGCAGUGUUACAACCAGCGCAUGAUUGAGAUCCUGAAGGCCCGGCAGCAGCAGGAGAAGAACAGACUGCCCAAGAUCCAGCGCAACGAGGGCAAAACACGAAUGAUGAUGUUCAAGAAGAGCCUGAGGAUCAACUCCACCGGAAGCUCUGCAGAAGACCGCGAGAAGAUUAAACAGUUUUCCAGACAGGAGGAGAAGCGUCAGAAAGCGGAGCGACUGCACCAGCAGCAGAAACAUGACAAUCAGAUGAGGGAGAUGAUUGGCCAGUGUGACAGCAACAUCAGAGAACUGCAGCAGCUACAGAACGAGAAGUGUCAUCUGCUGAUAGAGAACGAAACACUGCGUCUGAAGUCACUGGAUGAGCAGCACAACCAGCAGCUGAAGGACUGGAGAGAGCAGCUCAAGCCCAGGAAGAAGGCUCUGGAGGAUGAACUGAACCAGAAGAAAAGAGAGCAGGAGCUUUUCUUCAAGAUGAGUGAAGACUCUGAGUGUCAGAACCUCUGCUCACCCAACAGACUCAGCAAGUUCCUGCCAUACGCCGAUUCCACCAACACAUGAGCUGCUGCCCCAAAACACCCUCACGUCUGUGGACUGCACACCAAGUAUUUUACUUCAGGUUUUAUUUUCUUAGAAGACUCGUAUGGAGGUUUAAUCAGAUAUCAUCUCACAGAUCUCAAUGAAAAUGCUCAAAAAUCGCAUCUGAAAUCCAUUAAUGCAGUUUGACGCUCCCAAAGUAAGUUUUGCACCAACUUAACCACAAAGCCAAAUAACCAAGUUAAACUAAUGCUAAGAUUUACCCCCCAAUCAAACAAAAUCAAUCACCAAAAUGUACCUACUUGGCUCGUAAUGGCUGAUUUUGAAUGUCUAAAUCAGUAAUCCCAUCCAGCUAUACUCUUAUGUUCAUUGAACAGUGGGUUCAUUGGUACAUAUCUGGUCAAUGUUGAGGAAAGUGCCUUUGAUACAAUACAUUGAUUUAAAAAGGGUUUGUUUACUCAUGAAUAAUUCAUUAGGGGGAUUGAGCUGUUUCACUUUAUUAUGACCAUUCAAGAUCUGAGAUCAGACCCUUUUGCCUUCAUUCAGAAGCUUUAUUCUUCUAAUUUUAUCUUUAGUUACAUUUCUGUUGCCAAAUAUAUUGUACAAACUUUACAUAUUUCUCAUAGUUUCUUAUAUAUUUUUACUUUUUUCUAUAUUCGUUUACAUAAACAUAGUUACAACUAUCACUUUACUUAUCUAACAAAUUAUAGAACCAAUUUCAACCUUGUACAGACGUUUAAAUGCUGGAAAAGUUUUGUUGCUCUUUUUUUUAAUUUGUUUUUUUAUUACCAUUAAAAUCCUUCUGAACUGCUGCAUAAUUUGUUCGUUACUAAACUGAACAGCAGAAACGUAUGUUUUAAUUGGUACAUUUAAGUUAUUUUUAUUAUACUUUUAUUGUCGUCAGAGAUGUUUUUUGUCAAUGUAUGUAUUAGACCACAACUAAUUCACCCCUUUUAUUAUUGUCCCGCAAUGUUCACCAAAAUGCGAGUUAUACUUGUCCACCAAACUGUCAGUGGCAAAUUUACUGUAAACACAACACACUGGAUGGUAUAAGCGUGUGCUGGUACUGACGAUACUUGCUAAUGCCAAAAUCUCUAAACUAACAAGUGUCGAGAUAUUUGUUUAAGGUUUAAAUGUGGUUAUAAUGUUUUCCUGUUUAGUUUUAUUGUAUUGUAUUGUAUUGAUCAUUUUGUAUCAUGCUGUUGGAAUCACUGUCACCUAUCCAAUGUGCAAUAUGUUGUGUUCCUUUAAAUGUGUUCAAAUUUUACCUAUUGUGUUAUUUUACAACUGCUCGCUUUCUUGAGCCGUUUGAUAUAUUUAUUUCUAGAAAACAUGUCUGAACAUUGGGAACGAGAUUUACACCUGUUUUUCUAGUUCCUUUACAAUUACUUUUUAAUUUCAAUAUUUCAGUUUUUAUGUCUUCCCAUCACAAUUAACUUUUUUUAGGCUUGCAGCUUAACCAAAGGUUUAGUGUGUAUGUCUGUGUAAAGAAACUGUCGUCCUAGAAGAGUACAUAUAAUAAAUGAGAUGUUUAUUAUUCAUACCAAGAAUUAUCUGUAUUUGAUUCGAUUUCAGUAAAUGACUGUUUAGAAAUAAUUGUUUUGCGAGUAGUCAGGGGGCCAAGUACCAUAUAGCUUCUAGAACUAUGUUAAAAAAAGUUUGGGAUCCUCAUCUCAAACCCUCUAGCGCCAGUUUUGUGUACAUUUUAGCUGAAAAAGUUUUACUUGAAUGAACUAGAAAAAUCUUAAAAAUAUCUUGAAUAUUUUACAGAUAUUUAUUAAAGCAUAUUUUAAAAAUAAAUAUUUUUUAUACUCCAAACUAAAGGUACACCAAAAUAUCAUUUUUACGAUUAAUCAGUGCCGAUAGUUGCUUUUUGGAACUAUCAGUUAUCUGCAAAAUUCUGUGGCAAUUGCUGCUAUUAUUUUAUUUCUUUUACUCAUCAAAAAAACUCAGUUGGUAAAAUGUGUAUGUAUACUGUAUAUAUACAAAUCUUUUCAUUUGGUGAAUUUAAAAGCCAUAAAAAGCUUCAUUUAGUACAUACUUGUAUAAAUAGAGCUAAUUCUGUCAUUUCAAAAUAAGAGUCCCAGGUGUAUUUAAGGCUUCUUUCUAGUUAAAAGUCUGCUGUUAUACAACAAAUAUGAAUUUUUCUGGUUAUUACUGGAAUUUUGCACAAUAAACUGCUUUUGUGAUUUUAUUGAUCUUGGAGCCUCAAUGUCUGUGCUCUUCUUAGUAAGGAUUUAUUUGUUAUUAUUCCAUCCAUAGUUUUUUUUUAAACUUUUUUUUAAAAAGAUUAAUCGGUUAUCUGCCUUUUGCACCACCUUAGGUGUUGGUAUCGGUAAAAUCCAAUAUUUGUUUAAUGCUACUCUAAAUAGUCUUCCUUUAAAAUG